GGCCUGGCGCGCGGGUCACGUGAGCGGCGGCGGCGGCAGCGGCAUCAGCUGAUCGCGGCACGGCGGCGAUGGACUUUCUCCUGGGGAACCCCUUCAGCUCCCCCGUGGGGCAGCGCAUCGAGAGAGCUACUGAUGGGUCCCUGCGGAGCGAGGACUGGGCUCUCAACAUGGAGAUCUGCGACAUCAUUAACGAGACUGAAGAAGGGCCAAAAGAUGCUUUCCGAGCCAUUAAGAAGAGAAUUGUAGGGAAUAAGAACUUCCAUGAAGUUAUGCUGGCUUUGACGGUCCUGGAGACAUGUGUCAAAAACUGUGGCCAUCGUUUCCAUGUCCUUGUGUCCAGCCAGGACUUUGUUGAAGGCGUCCUGGUGAGAACAAUCCUGCCAAAGAACAAUCCACCUACCAUAGUGCACGACAAGGUGCUGACCCUCAUCCAGUCCUGGGCAGAUGCCUUCCGCAGCUCACCAGACUUGACCGGUGUCGUUGCUGUCUAUGAAGACCUGAGACGGAAGGGCCUGGAGUUCCCCAUGACUGAUCUGGAUAUGCUGUCACCCAUCCACACACCACAGAGGACUGUGUUCAGCUCCAACUCCCCAUCUGGGCAGAACUCACCUGCAGCCAACUCCCCUCAGCAGAUGGAGUCCAUCCUCCACCCUGUCACCCUGCCCACUGGGAGAGGCGACGGACCCAUCACACCCACACCAGAGCAGAUCGGGAAGCUGCGCAGUGAGCUGGAAGUGGUGAAUGGGAACAUGAAGGUCAUGUCAGAGAUGUUGACAGAGCUGGUGCCAUCCCAGGCUGAGCCUUCUGAUCUGGAGCUGCUGCAGGAGCUGAAUCGGACAUGCAGAGCCAUGCAGCUGCGUGUGCUGGAGCUGAUUCCCCGUGUCCUUCAUGAGCAACUCACCGAGGAGCUGCUCCUUGUCAAUGACAACCUCAACAACGUGUUUCUGCGCUAUGAAAGGUUUGAGCGUCUUCGGACAGGACAGCCUGUUAAGGCACCAAAUGAGGCAGAGAACAACUUGGUUGACCUGGGACCCAGUACUCCUGCAGUGAAACAGCCUGAAGUCACCAACAACCUUUCCUCUCAGCUGGCUGGAAUGAACCUGGGCUCAAGCAGCGUAAGCACAGGCCUGCACUCCCUCGACACCUCUGGCAAGCUGGAAGAAGAGUUUGAUAUGUUUGCCCUGACUCGUGGCAGCUCGCUGGCUGAGCAGCGCAGAGAGGUAAAGUAUGAAGAUCCCCAAGCCUCCAAAGGACUUGCUGGUGCCCUGGAUGCCCGGCAGCAGAACACAGGAGCGGGCGAGUCUGGUAGAGAUGAUGGAGCCCAGCUGGCCAAGUGGAUGAUGCGGCAAGGAAUGGUGCCGGUUCCCCAAGCCAAUUUCAUGGAAGACAUAGAAAAGUGGCUCUCCACUGAUGUGGGAGAGUCAGAGGAUGCAAAAGGUGUCACCAGCGAAGAGUUUGACAAGUUUCUGGAAGAGCGAGCAAAAGUUGCGGACCAGCUACCAACUUUGUCCAGCUCCUCAGCAGGGACACCUGUCUCCCCUCCUGCUGCCAGCCAUCAUCGGAAGCAAACAAAGGAAGAUGAUGCUAUGUUUGCCUUGUGAAUGCUAUGGACUGGUGUGCUGUGGAGCAAGAGGCUGUGUGUGCUGUUUUGCUUGCCUCCAGCCAGGGGCUGGCAAGGGAAGGAUUCUGUCCCCUUCCUCCACUCUCUUCCUGUUUUCCCUUUGAGUUGUUUUUAUUUUUAAGCCGCUUUCAGGUUUCAGAUACUCUUUGUUGUGUCUAGGGGUGUCACACAAUAGAUUUGUGAAGGGGGUUUUCAAAGCUGCUAGAGAAUGUGGGAGUUCAGUGGGCUUUUUUGUUUUGGUACAGUGUGGGCAAAGUGGAAGAAGCUCCCCACCCUCCUCUCCAGUGAGGUAGCUGGGAGAUCUUGCCCAAGGAACAGGAGAGGAUACAGUCUGCUGCUGAAAUCAUUCCUGCCUGCCUCUUUUCCUUACCCCAUCCCUAGGAUGGAUCUCUAGUCCUUUGCCUGACAGCAUUAGACUUGAAAGCACAGAAAGCACUUGAAAGCAAAGUGUUACAGGUGGCAGAGGAGGGACACUAAUGGUAUAGGGGCCCUGUUGCUCUAAUCUACUCUUGCACAAGUGCUCGUGGUAUGCAACACCUUCCUACUCACAGCCCCCUCUUCCUCUUCCUUUCCUCCCCCUCCCCAUCAGCUUAUCCAGAAUAUUACCCCCAGCCCAAAUGUUACCAUUGCAUGACAGCCAGUUACCAAAGCCCUUGGCUGCACACAGGGCUUGAGCUGUAAGCGGUACCCCAAGGUUCAAAGGGGCUGUCUGAGAUCAGGUAGGAUGUGCCUUUCACAGACUCUUUGCAGUUAAUUUAAUUUUACCAUUUAAUUUUCCCAUUCUCUCCCUUAUUAUACUCUUCUCCCCUCUCUCCCCGAUGCCAUCCCACCUCCCUCUCUCUUCUGAUGCCUUUCACCACAUCGUGCCGUGGUGUAAGGAGUCUUCUCAGCUUCUGAUGAGGCCAGUGCUGCAGACUCCUCAGGGUGGCUGUGUGUGCUGGGGCUGAAGAGCAGUGUUCCCUAAAGCAGGAGGCCCUUACAUCCACAGUCACACCAGUGGGAACAUGCUGUUGCUGGGGCAGCUUGUCCAGCUGGCGAGCACAAAGUGAGACAUCAGUCAUCUCACGCCAGCAAAGCAGCCCUGCAGCAGCCAGGAGCUCCUUUGAACAUGGCAAGAAAAACCCUUCUGAGCAAACCACACAUGCUGCCCAUCUGUAAAAAGCUGCCAGGGUGGGGGGUGCCAAGCACGGGGCUCCUGCUCGUGGGAUUUCUUGUUGAGCGUGGGAGAGUUGCCUUUUUUAUUGCACAUUAAAAGAGCAAAGUCUUGAGUCUCCCUUGAA